UCACACGGUGACGGCAGAAAGUCCGACAGACCUGGGAACGGGAGAAGAGCAGCGAGAGAGAGCCGAGGGCGGCGCGCAGUGAGUGCACACUCGCUCGCUGCUGGAGUGGGCAGUGCCAGGCGAGUCUUUCGGCCCCCAUCGCUCAGCUGGAUGAUGUCUACGACGGAGGAGAGUCGAGUGGCGACGGUCACCCCACUCAAACUGACCGGGCUGGUGUGUGUGGUCCUCUCGCUGUGCCUGGACGUAGUGGCCUUACUGAGUCCAGCCUGGGUCACGGCCGACAGUCACUUCUCACUCUCCCUCUGGCAAAGGUGUUUCCGACCGGUCUCGUCCCCCGACACCGAGUGGGACUGCAAAUGGGCAUUGGGCAGCGAUUGGGAGAUUGCUACAGUUGCUUUGCUUCUGGCUGGAGCAGCCAUCAUUAUCAUUGCCUUUCUGGUGGCUCUGAUCUCAAUCUGCCAGGGAACUCGUCGGAGAUUCUACAGACCUGUGGCUGUCCUGUUGUUUGCUGCAGUUGUUCUGCAGGUAUGUGGACUCAUUUUGUACCCAAUCAAAUUUGUGGAAACAGCUACCAUGCGAACAUAUCAUGAAUUCAACUGGGGAUACGGCAUUGCCUGGGGAGCUACCAUCUUCUCAUUUGGGGGAGCUGUGCUUUACUGCUUAAACCCGAAGAACUAUGAUGACUACUACUAGAGUAGAACUGAUUCCACUGACAUACUUAAAGUAGAGCUCACUACUUAUGCUUACUUGCUGUUCUUUCAGUUGAAGUGUGGCAUUUAACCUGCUCUAUCAAUGCAUUAUCCACUUUGACUUCAACGAAGAUAAUUGCUUUAACUCCUGCACCAGGCUUUAAAAAAGUUCUGGAAAAGUUAUAGCUGUAAUGUUUGUACAUUGGCAGUUUUACAUAUGGAGAGCUGGAAUGCAGACUUUUGGUAAUGUGUCAUUAUCUAAGAAGAAUCACAGAAGAGCUUGGCUUAUAGUGAAGAAUAUUAAACAAAAACCACAGCUGCAAGAUGUUAAUUUCAAUCUGUCUGCAGAGAAAGAACUUACCCUAAGUAUGAUAGUUUUGUGUUCCCUGUAUUGAGGCUGGGAACUUAUGCUUCAUUUUUGGAUUUCGUUCAGAUAAAGUAACAUCUGCUGAUUGCUCUGUGGUAACAAGAAAAAGUGCAUGCUUGUAUCCAUUUACCAUUAUUCAGCAACAUCUUCUGUAAACUUCUUGUGUCCUAACGCAAAGUAGACCUCUAUUACUCUUGUUUAUAAUUAUUGCAAUGUGUUUGGAACAACAGUCCGACUGCUGUGCUGAAGUUCCAUUUGUAUUGUCAAACUAAAAUUGCGGCAUUUUCUCUAUCAUUUUCUUAUGCCUAAAAAUAAAUUUUAUGAAAUAUCUUUAAAGAUUAAAAAACAACACAUGUAUGUAUACCUGGAAGCCUCUUGAUUCGAAACCCGGGUGAGCAUUUUGGUGAGUUGGAUUGUCAGAAAAGAGCUUGUAUACUAUUCUAAGCAUUCUAAUUUAUUUGAGCAACUACUGUAUUUUUAUAUGGACCUCUGCACACAAUUUCCUGAAUCUUGUAUAGUGUUCCUUAAACUGUGCCUAAAAAUACUUAUUUUGACUUACGUCCAAGAUAAAUAUCAUAUUUCCAGCUAUUUGUUACCUCUUUCUUUCUCUGUAACUUUCCUUUUAAGAAUAAAUAUAGAUCCAUAAAUAUGUUUACUUAUGAUAAAAAGACUAUUUUGGGAAAGUAAAGAUUUUUUGUUUCGGCUGUAAAAUAUGGCAUCGAUACAAUGAAUCAAUAAAACUGUGCAGAAUAAAAGGCCUACAUACUUAA